AUGGCUACAUACAAACUUUACUACUUCAAUGGACGAGGCCGCGGUGAAGUUAGUCGUUUGAUAUUCGCUGCCGCUGGUCAAAAAUAUGAAGAUAUUCGUUUUGAAGGUGAACAAUGGCCUUCGCACAAAUCCGAAAUGCCACUUGGUCAACUUCCUGUUCUCGAAUUCAACGGUGUGAAAUUACCACAAUCGAUAUCGAUUGCUCGUUUUCUUGCUAAACAAUUCAAUUUAGCUGGCAAAGAUAACUUCGAACAAGCACAAGUCGAUGCUGUUGUUGACACAAUCGCUGACUUAGUUAACAAAUUUAUUGCGGUUCGUUUCGAAGCAGAUGAGGCAAAAAAACAGGAACUCGGCAAAACAUUCUUCGCUGAAGAAUUACCAAAACAAUUGAAAAAUCUCGAAACACUUGGAAAAUUAUACGGAAAAGGUGGUGCAUUCUUUGUUGGUAAUCAAUUAACCUGGGCAGAUCUACUUUUCUAUGAUGUCGGUGAAAGUUUACUCGGAGCAGAAGCGAAUGCUUUGGAUAAUUUCACAUUCUUAAAACAAAAUCGAGCUGAAGUCGCGAAGCUACCAAAGAUCGCUGAAUAUCUUAAAAGCCGACCAGUCACGCCAUUUUAA